CGCCAGGCGGCGCCGCCGCUCCCUCCGCCCCCCGCGGCCUUCGGACCCGGGCGGUGCCCCGCGGCCGGGGCCGGGCUCGGAGCGGAACCGAGCCAUGGCCGGCGCGCAGCUCACCGAGGGCGCCGUGACGGUGGAGGGGCAGAGCCUCUUCUACCGGGAGGCCCGCCCGCAGCAGGCCCCGCGGCUGAACGUGCUGCUGCUGCACGGCAUCCGCUUCUCCUCGGACACCUGGCUGCAGCUGCGCACGCUGGCCCUGCUGGCUGACGCCGGUCACCGGGCCGUGGCCAUCGACCUGCCCGGGCUGGGCCGCUCAAAGGAUGCUGCGGCCCCCGCGCCCGUGGGGCAGCCGGCACCGGGGGCCUUCCUGAAGGCUGUGGUGGAGGCGCUGGGCCUGGCCCCGGCCGUGGUGGUCAGCCCGUCGCUCAGCGGCAUGUACUCGCUGCCCUUCCUCUUCCAGCACGGGCACCUGCUGAAGGCCUACGUGCCCGUGGCGCCCAUCUGCACGGAGAAGUUUGAGGCCGAGCAGUACGCCCGCGUCGAGACACCCACCCUGAUCGUCUACGGGGACCAGGACGCCGAUCUGGGCCAGGCCAGCCUCAGCAACCUGCGGCACUUGGCCCGCCACCAGGUGCUGGUGCUGCAGGGCGCCGGGCACGCCUGCUACCUGGACAAGCCCGAGGAGUGGCACCGUGGGCUGCUGGCCUUCCUGCAGCAGUUGGAGUGAGCGGAGUGGGGGAUGGCCCUCCUUGGCACCGCCGCUUCGUCGGGACCAAAUAAAACCCUGAGAUGCGC